AAUUCCGAUGAGUGGUAAAUGCGGUAUUUAUCGCAUUUCAGCUCGUAAACUUUUACGUGAUAUGAACGUGUGAUGAUAUUACGGUAAAUUACAAAAUGUAUUGUGCAUUGGGAAGAUGUUUUUGCAGAAGAGAUGCGGUAAGAGCUUUGAGCACGGGUGAGGUAUCUACCGCACUUCGACCUUUUUACUUUACAGUUCACCCUGACCUUUUCGGACAAUAUCCUACACAAAGAACUGUAAAUGAAAAUUCUUUAAAACAAUUAAGUUCUAUCAUAGAAAAUUUGCAACAACAUAGACCUAUCAGACCUACUACUUUGCCAUUUUAUUUACGAUCAAAGGAUGAAAAAGAAGUCAAAGCUGGUAAAUUUACUUUAGUACAAAUACAGUUAAAAGAGAAGGAUCUAAGGAAAACUAUACUUUCGAUUCUAAAGACGUGUGAUUUGCCAACCACAUUUGUGGAUCAAAUUCAGGAACAAAAGCCACCAGAUGGUACAAAUUAUAAAUCAAGAUUUUGGCAAAGAAAAGGAUAUGCUGGAGAAAACAUAGAUUUUUCAGAAUUAGAAGAUGAUCCCAUUUAUGCAUCUAUUAUAAUGAAAAGAAAAAUUAAUUUAGAACCAGAUACUCUUAAAGCAUACUUAGAGAAACAUAUUAAUGAAGUACACGUGAAAUUGGAAGCAUGUAGACCGAUGCGGGAAGAAGUACAAAAAUUAGAAAAAAUAUUAUGCACUGAAUUAGGUUUAAAACAUAUUGUAUGGGAUUGUGGAUGGAACAUAGCUCACUAUAGAGGAUGUUUAUUAGCUUUCAAGGCAUUAGCUGAACAUCAUCCUGAACCAAUGCAAGUACUACAAAACAGAACACUUGUUUUUGCCAAUGAUACAGGCAUUAGUCUAGAAGGAAACGUUAUGUUGAAUUCAGGUGAAGUGAGACACAAUUGGCUCGAUUUAAUUAAAAAUAUCCAGAAGUAUGAUGUGGUACUGUUAAGAUUACCAGCUUUUGAGAAGGCAGUUUCACAAGUACUUCUCGACAUUAAAGUUGGUCGACGGGUGCUCUAUAUGUGCAGGAAAUUCAUGCCAAAAGUAAUGGUUAGUCAGUAUGAACGGCAACUCCGACAACUUACUACAACCCUCUCGGAUUACCGAGGUCGACGAAAUUAUCCAAAAGUCUGGCCAACAAAUUUAUCUACUUAUGAGAUUGUAAUCGAAGCUGAAGCAGGCCCUUUAAUGCUCUCUCCUACUGGACAGUUUAUAGUUCCAUCUUCAUGUCCAAGUUUUCUUUUAGUAAAUUUUAUUACUGAAAAUUUAGAUGAAGCCACAAAGAGAUUACAUCACUAUAAUAACAUCAAAUACGUCGAACGUGAACUUCAUGAUAAGGCUGUUAAACAAUUGGGUUUAACUGCUCUUAAUAAAGAUGACAGUAUCACUCCAGAUUUGAUGAUACAAUGUUGCGAGCGUUUAUUGUUGCACAAAAACGUUUUAGCUCCGUUAUUAGAAGGUGUCAUGCUUUGGGUGACACAUUAUUACUCUGUCAUGAGUGAUGGUGUUUUAUGUAUACCAUGGGAUUGGAAACUUUAAAUUUCGAUAUAUAAUAAUAAUUAAUACAAAUAUAAUUUGUUGCUAUUUUCGAUGAUUAUGCCAAUUAACAACAAAACUAUUUCCAAAAAUUGUAUGAAUUAUAAUCAACUGAUGAUCU